AUGGCAAUCGCCUUCGAGUGGUCCGAGAUGGUGGAGCUUCUCAUUGGGUUUGUUACGCAGAAUCAGCUCGAGGAGGCGUUUCUCGAGGCUUGCUUAUUCAAGUGCCUGGGCAUCGGAAAUAUUCUUCUCACGCAUAUGAACCACGAGCAAGCUACCUACCUUUGCUGGAAUAUCACCAAGCGUGCGAUUCGUGGUCUUGGUUGGGAGAUGUUGAAUAAUAUCUUCCGCCUUGACGCAUGGGCUUACGACAGGUUCCCACUUCCUGACAGACUUCUCAAUGCAUUCUUCCCGAUGCUACACCUCUCAGGGCUACGCUUUGGCUGCACCAGUGAUCGCAGGGACCAGCUCAAGGUAUGGCGGAAAUUGAUCAAUGAGUUCGCCGACCUGAACCAGGUGGAUGCAGAGCGCGCAGGGGUCCUCCCUCAUCUCGCAAAGAAUGGGGCGGCCAAAUUCGGACGGUCGACAGCCGGGAUGCUGUUUGCUGCUCGCCGGGCAGGCUAUUUGAUAUCCUCCAAGGACGGUACAGCGGAGUCCCCGAUUCAAGCUAAUGAGGACCAUCUAGACCAGACACGCCCAGGGAGCAUGGGGGACGACACAAGCGUAUCUCCUUCAGCUGAAUACAGCGACGAAGAAGACACAAGCGUAUCGACUUCGGAGGAGUCCAACGACGACGAAGGAUCAGAGGACGGGGACAGGCCGAUCUUUGAGACUGCCUACAAAGAGAUGAUCCGUGCUCUCCUUGAACCAGACGUCGAUUCUCCCUAUCACCAGCUUCGCGGGCCCCUCACCAUAUCCGAACAACAGCUCAAUAUCCAGGACAUCCAUGGGAAGACUGCGUUACAUUACGCCAUCGAAAACAAGGAGUCGUCCUUGGUGGGUGUUCUUCUAGAGAAAGGUGUCAAUUGUGUCAUCGAGGACAAGGGUGGCCUCUUUCCCUGGGAGCUCCCUGGCUAG